UGUCAGGGACGCAUUUAAUCCGCUACGACUCGCUGCUCCGCAAGGAAUCCAGGACCAGUAAACGUGGUAUCGAGGGAAACGCAAUCGAGGCUGCCGACACGAAGAACAUGGACCUGAUCGCGGAGAAGUACGCUGCGACGGUCCUGCAGGCCAGUGGGACAGCUGUCGGGCUGAGCGAAGGGCUCAUGGGGAACUCUGAGGUCGGGCACUUGAACAUCGGUGCGGGUCGGAUCGUGUGGCAGGACAUCGUCCGCAUCGAUAUGUCGAUCAAGAAGAGGCAGUUCCACAAGAGCGAGGCGAUGCUUGCCGCCUGUAAACACGCAAAGGAGGGUACGGGGAAGCUGCAUGCUAUCGGUCUGGUAUCGGACGGCGGAGUCCACUCGCAUAUCACGCAUCUAUUCGCCCUGCUCGAGACCGCAAAGGAACAAGGCGUGCCCCAGACGUACGUCCACUUCCUCGGAGACGGACGAGACACCGCCCCGCGAUCUUCCGCAAAGUACGCAAAAGAGCUGCUCGAUUUCACCAAGAAGCUUGGGUAUGGUGAGAUUGCAACGGUUAUUGGCCGAUACUACGCGAUGGACCGCGAUAAGCGGUGGGAGCGUGUUAAGAUUGCUGUAGAUGGAUUGGUGGGCGGUGUCGGAGAGCAGGUGGAGGGUGGCCAGGAGGGUGUGGUGAAGGCAAUCGAGGCCAGCUACGCGAAGGAUGUCACGGACGAGUUCUUGAAGCCGAUUAUCGUGAAUGGCGACGCUGGUCGUAUCAAAGGCGGAGACACGCUCUUUUUCUUCAACUACCGCUCUGACCGUAUGCGCGAGAUCGUCUCCGUAUUCGGCCUGCCGGAUAAGCCGAUGGAAGUUUCUGUGCCAAAGGACCUUGACAUCACAACGAUGUCGAGAUACAACGCCGAAUUCCCCUUUUCGGUGGCAUUCCCGCCACAGGCGAUGACCAACGUGCUCGCGGAGACACUAGCGAAGCAGGGCGUCAAGCAGGCGCAUAUAGCUGGAACCGAGAAAUACGCCCACGUCACGUUCUUCUUCAACGGGGGUGUCGAAAAGCAGUUCGAGCAAGAAACACGGCACAUGAUCCCAUCGCCGAAGGUUGCGACGUACGACAAGCAGCCAGAGAUGAGCGCUCAGGGCGUUGCAGAUAAGGUCGUUGAGGUGCUCGCUGCUGGCGACCAAGAGUUCGUCAUGUGCAACUUUGCCCCUCCGGACAUGGUCGGCCACACGGGUAUCUUCGACGCCGCCGUCUCUGCUGUCUCCGCAACGGACGUCGCAGUCGGUACCAUCCUCGAGGCAGCACAAAAGCAUGGCUACGUCCUCCUCAUCACCGCCGACCACGGCAACGCCGAGCAGAUGCGCGACCCCGUCACAGGCAACCCGCACACGGCGCACACGACGAAUGUCGUCCCGUUCCUAAUGGUCGGAGAGGGGCUCAAGUUCAAGGAGGAGAAGAAGGUCGAGGAGGAAGGCAAAGUUAAGGUCGGCGAAGGCGCGGAGGCGGUGAAGGAGGGAGGAGAGGAGCUUGACCCGCCGGCGCUUUGUGAUGUUGCGCCGACGGUGUUGGAUAUCAUGGGAUUGACAAUUCCGGAUGAAAUGACUGGACGCUCGCUGCUCGCGCAUUAAU